AUGAACUCGGAAUCCACUCUUUCAGAGGCCGUGCCUCCAUACAGCUCCUUCAGUCCUGCCAAAAAAAGAUACAUUGUGGCUACUGCAGCUGGAGCCGGUCUCUUUUCUUCUUUGUCUGCACAAAUCUACUUCCCGGCCUUGAAUACCUUGGCCGAUGAUCUCAAUGUGUCGACCUCCUUGAUCAAUUUGACUGUCACAAGUUAUAUGAUCUUUCAGGGAAUUGCGCCGAUGUUCAUUGGCGACUUUGCGGACAGGACAGGCCGCCGACCCGCUUACAUUAUCUGCUUCGUGAUUUAUAUCGCUUCCAACAUUGGGCUAGCCUUGCAAGACAGCUACACGGCUCUCAUUGUCCUGCGAUGUUUGCAAAGCUCGGGAAUCAGCAGCAGCGUGGCACUGUCCGCUGCCACGGUGGCCGAUGUUAGUACCAAACAAGAACGAGGUUCUAUGAUGGGCUUCGUCAUGGCUGGAAACUUCAUGGGCCCCGCUAUUGGGCCAAUCAUCGGAGGUCUGUUGGCCCAAUAUUUGGGAUGGAGGUCCAUCUUCUGGUUUCUCACAAUUGCAUCCGGCGUGUUCUUGUUGCCCCUUUUAUUCUUCCUCCCUGAGACAGCCCGGAACGUGGUCGGGGAUGGCUCAUCACCGGCGCAAACAUGGAACCGACCCUUCAUACAAUACAUGCAAUGUGGGAAGAUGAGCAAAGACACCGCCUCUUCCACGGACAGCAUCGACCGUGCCAGCAUGGACUCGCCGAAGAAGAUUGAGCACAAGCUGCGAUUCCCUAACCCACUCAAGCCGCUGAUUCUUGUGUGGCACCCAAACUCCAUCAUCGUACUUUUGAUAUACACAGCCCAGUAUGGUCUAGACGAGCUUGAGAUAGGUCUAUGCUACAUCACGUUGGGUACAGGCUCUAUUGUCGCUUCUGUGAUCACUGGCCGGCUGUUAGAUUGGAACUAUAAGCGCAUGGCGGCAAAAUUGUCGAGCAAUCCCACUGCUGAACAUGUGGGUACAGCAGACUCGGUGCCUGUUGAAAAGUCUCGCAGUAUGGUCACGAUUCCUCUCGUUGUCCUGGGUAGCGUGACCGUGCUGGCUUUUGGAUGGGUGCUCAAGUUCGGGGAGCCACUUCCCGCUCCCGAGGUGUUGUUGUUCUUCGUCGGUGUAGGGCAAACAGGCGGAUUCAUUUCAACCUCUACACUUUUGGUGGACCUACACACAGCUAACCCUGCAGCUGCCACCGCGGCCAACAACAUGGUUCGAUCUUUCUUCUCAGCUGCAGCAUCUGCAGCCAUUGAUCCAAUGCUCACUGCCAUGGGUCGUGGCUGGGCAUUCACGCUGGUCGCAUUCAUUCUGCUGGGGACAAUUCCUUUCCUUCUACUGCUUUGUGGAAUGGGACGUAAGGAGAAAGAUUCAGCAAAGCAGCGGGAAAGUUCUAUUGAAAAAGCUGAAGCUCCUCAGCAGGGACCUGAGGAUUGA